AGUUUGAUGUCAGCAAUUUUUUUAACGAUCCAUCUAUCAUAAUUCUACUCCACAGGGAAUUAGUUAACCUAAAAUAGCCAUUUUUGAACUCCACAAAAGUGGUGCAAUAUCAAUCUGCAUAAUUUACUCGAGAUUAUCUUUGAUGGCGUUACAUUUAAUGCAUUUUAAAUGAAGCAAAGUUUCACUCUUUAGAAUUAUUCUUUUCGAUAAUAAGAAUAAAAAGUCAAUAUAUAAAAUUAUCAAAAAUGGCUUUACCAGACUUAACUCGUAGCCGUCGACUUCAAUCUUUGUCUUUGAGUGACGCUGAACUUGUUGAAAUUAGGUAUGGACAAAGAACAUUCGAAGGGGCAUAUUGGAGAACAUGUCUAUCAUCUUUCGGGUUCGCCCUAAUUAUUUUACGGAUAUUUGAGAAAGAUUUUUAUGGUAUUGGACUUGUUUUUGUGGCAUUUGGAGGAGCAAUGUUAACCAUUUCAGCUUUGAGAAGACGAAAUAAUCUAGACAUUUUUGAUAAAAAUAAGCCAUUUGUUACAAGCGGAGGUUAUGUUGUAUUAACCAGUGUUAUAGCUUUGAUUACAUAUUUGGCUUUAUUGAUAAUGGUUUUCAGGUUGGGCGAACCUAAAAUCAAAUCAUAAGAAAGGAAAUUAUAUAUUAUUAUAUUAUUACCACUUACAAUUUCGUUCCACUCAAUUUGUAAUUUUUCAUCAAUUGUCUUAUUUAAACAAUGAUUCAUGAGUCAUAACAAGAACAUUAAGAAAUAUUAUAUAAUAUUUUGCAGAUUUCAAUAAUUUAGUAAUUUAAACCAUUAACCAAUAUAAUGCAUUGCCAAGUUAAUUCUCUACAAUUUGGAUAAUUUGGAUUUACUAUUUACUGACUUUUUUUUUUCCAAAUAUCAUACUUUCUAAAAUAAGAUUACUAAAAAAGUGCAUGCAAUAUUAAAUAAAAAAUGUA